CAUUUUCCUUAUACUCGCGGAAAGGGAGAAAGAGGAAGCCGAGACGAUGGAGUCGCAUUGAUUUAAGGCCAUUUUUCUCCCUAUUUUCUCGAGCGGAGCGGGAUUAGAUCCUUCCACGAACUGGGAAGAGGUUCGGAUUCGUCUCGAGAGGUGGUCAGAGGUCUCCCCAGAAGCCGAGAAGAGGCGAGAGAGGCGAGAAAGCCUGCGAGAGAGUGGGAAAAAAGGCAUCAGAAGUUCCUCUCGGUUCCUCUUGGUGUUCCCGUUGGGGUCGUGACGCUCGGGACUCCUUUUUCGCCCCCGGUGGUGUCCUCGCCUGCAUCAAUGAGAAACGAAGGCGUGAUUUAGUGAUCUCGAAAGCCCGUGAAACCCCCACCCGCCCCCCUUCCACCCACCCACCCCCCUCCCCCCCUCGCAAUCCCCAACACAAACACUCCAGAAGAAAAAAAACGGAAGAAGAAAGAGUUAAAACUCCCCCUUAACCCCUUUGCAAACAGCCACCCAACCCCCCCUACUCAGAAACCCCCUUUCAAACCCCCUGAAAAACCCGUCUGUGAAGAAAAAAAACUUUUACUCCCCAUCCUUCCUCCCUCUCUCUCUCUCCUCCCUCCUCUCUCCUCUUUCCUUCCUUCCUCCUCUUCCCUCCUCUCCGCCAAGAUGUCUUCGGGAAUCAUGGGGUGCAGAGAGUUCGUGGUGGGAGGGAAGUACCGCCUCGUCAGGAAGAUCGGCAGUGGGAGCUUCGGAGACAUUUACCUCGGGAUCAACAUCACCAAUGGAGAGGAGGUUGCAAUCAAGCUGGAGGCCAUGAAGGCCCGGCAUCCGCAGCUGCUGUACGAGAGCAAAGUUUACAAGAUCCUUCAAGGAGGCGUGGGGAUUCCACAUAUAAGAUGGUUUGGUCAAGAGCAACAGUACAAUAUCUUGGUAAUGGACCUUUUAGGACCCUCCCUAGAAGACCUCUUUAACUUCUGCAGUCGACGCUUCACCAUGAAGACUGUCCUAAUGCUAGCAGACCAGAUGAUUGGACGCAUAGAGUUUAUACACAACAAGAACUUCAUCCACAGAGAUAUAAAGCCAGACAACUUCCUAAUGGGCAUUGGCCGCCACUGCAACAAAUUAUUCCUGAUUGAUUUUGGACUGGCCAAGAAGUACAGGGACAACCGUUCCCGAGCCCACAUACCCUACCGGGAGGACAAGAACCUGACUGGAACUGCUCGUUACGCUUCAAUCAAUGCACAUUUGGGGAUUGAGCAGAGUCGGCGUGAUGACAUGGAAUCUUUGGGAUAUGUGCUGAUGUAUUUUAAUCGUGGGUCUCUGCCCUGGCAAGGCCUUAAAGCUGCCACCAAGAAACAGAAAUAUGAGAAAAUCAGUGAGAAGAAGAUGUCCACUCCUGUUGAAUCUCUUUGCAAGGGAUUCCCAGCGGAGUUUGCUAUGUACCUAAACUACUGCCGAGGGCUGCGGUUUGAUGAGGCCCCUGACUACAUGUACCUACGUCAGCUGUUCCGCAUCCUGUUCCGCACACUCCACCACCAGUACGACUACACCUUUGACUGGACCAUGCUUAAGCAGAAGGCUGCUUCAACUGCUGCUGCUGUAUCGGGAACCACCCCCCAGCCUGCUGCGACCCAAGGUACACAAAAACAGCUCUGAGGUCUAGGAUGAAGGUGGUGAUAAAGAGAAACAGAAGGAGGCCACUAGAGGAAUCCUAGUGAAGAUAGAUAGCUACUGAAAUCUUGCUGAGACAAGAAAAAGAUAAGGAUUAAAAUCAUCAAAAACACUUCAACAAGAAGAACAACUUUAAAAAACUACAAAAAAAAAAAUAAAAAAUAAAAGCACCAAAAAAAAAAAAAAAAAAAAAAAAAAAGAGAGCCCAAGCUCAAGGUGUUCCCCUUUCUUUAUGUUUAAAAGAAGACAAAGAAAACGGGAGGACAUCCGCUUGAUGAGAACAGUGGGCCCAGAGACAGCAGCGUGCAGCAGUGUGUGACGUGUGACGAGGCGAAUUUUCUUGUCUUUGUCUCAUCUCGUCUUUGUUUUGUCUUUGAGAAAGAGAGAGGGUGCAACUGACUGGGCCGGUUUAAUGCGGUCUCCCCUCCCCCUAUGCUGCCUGUUGUUGGGGUUUCGCCCACUGGCCUCGCUUGUUUUUGCCACUAAUGCUGCUGAUAAUAAUAGCCUUUUCUUUUUUUUUUUUUUUUUUUUUUUUUUUUUUUUCAUUUUAUUACCCGAGAGGCGUUUGUGUACUCUUUCUCUAAUAUUGGUUAGGAAAUCCUGUAUUGUUGUCAUAGUUUUUUUUCUUUUCUUUUCUUUUAUUACGGUUUUAUUUUCUCUUGGUGAAUUUGUGAUUAUACAUUGUGUAUGAUUAUAUCGUGGUUCCACAUUAGCGUGGAUUUUUUUUUUGUUUAUUAUUAUUAUUCUUUUUUACCAUUGUAUUUGUUCUUUCUAUGUGAAUUUUUUCUGUAAUCUUCCACGUGCUAAUUCAGAAGGUUAUUGAAAACCUGUGGAAGUGUUGUAUUGUUCUUGCGUCUUUUUUUAUUUUUUUAACGAUGACUUUCUUAUUUUUAUUAGUGCUUUUAUGGCACAAAAAUAAAGCAAGCUGAAGUUAUAUAUGUAUAAGAGAAAUUUAAAGAAUAGAUAAAUACAAUACAAAAAUGUUUUUUGGAUAUGAAUGGGUCUUAUAGUUGUAAUAGUGUUUUUUCUCCACAUGACCAAAAGCUCAUGGUGAAUUCAUUCAUUUAUAUUUAGCCAUAUCAUAUACAUAACUGUCUAGAAGAAAUGCCACUACACAGCUACUGAGUUAAAGUCGUUUGGUGGAGUAACUUUCGUCUGUAAACCAACCCCUGCCCGACCUGUUUAGAAAUUAAAGAAAGGAUAAUAUGUGAAUACAGUUCCCAGAAUAAUACAAAAAAAGGAAGAAAAAAAAUUAUUUAAUGAUGGAUAUAUCUACAUAGGAAAGUGUUUAUUUUGGUAGUGCUGUUUUUUUUUUUCUCUUUUUUUUUCUUUUUUGCUAAUUUUAUUUGAUAAGAAGGGACCUUCUUUGUAUGUAGAGAAAUAAAAAAAGAAUAUUGCACUUCUUAUUUGAAAGGAAGAUAAUGAUAAUGUCUUAGGUAUAUAUCUAUCUAUAUAUAUAUAUAUGUAGUGCGCGCGAGAGAGAGAGAUUGAAAUGAAGAGAGCAGAGGCGGGAAUCAUUAUGACGUGAUAGUUCGUAACCCGCGGAAAUAGACAAAGAAGAAUGCCCCACAUCACCCCCCACCCCACACCCCCUCUCGGGAGUUUUUUUUUUCUGUGAAUCUGCAUCUUUUAUGCAGGGAUACUUUCCUUUUUUUAUUUUAUGGAAAUCAGAAGUAUGUCUCUUGAUUUUGAUGUGACUAUGACCAUAUUAGUUUGGAUUUGUAAUGAAGACGUUGUCUGUUUAACUGUGUAUUGUAUAAGAUGUUUUGUAAUUAAGAACUGUUGCUCCUAAUUUUUUUCUUUUCUUUAUUAUUAUUGCUAGUAUUAUUAUUAUUUUAUUUUUUAUUAUUAUUAUUAUUAUUUUUUUUUUUUUUGCUUUGUAUUUUCUUAAUUAAAUAUUGUUCUUGAGGUUUCUUUUUUUUUAUAUAUACAUUUUUUUUUGGUAGAAAUUGUAAGUAAGAAAGAAUGAAGAAGAAUGGUACCACAUAAUCCCAUUACAAACUCCCUGUAUAACCUCUGCUUAUAUUGUUGAAAAAAAUGAGUGUAACUGAGUGUACUUGUUGAACAUGUGUCAGACAGGCAGGCGUGUUAAUGAAUUGUUUUGUAGAAAGAAUAAGUAAGUCUUUUCUUCUCUCUUUUUUUUUCUCUUCUUCCUCUGAUAUGAUGGCAGGGCAAAAAAAGAAAGAAAGAAAAAGAUGAAUAAACACUUUUUUUUUUUAUAUACUUCUUUAGGCCUAGGAGUUGAGUGUGCUCCAUAUUUGAAAGAUUACCCGUUUAUUCUUUCUUCGUCCAGUUAUUAUUUUAUUCCAUCCCUCCCUCCCUCUCCUUCUGUCCAUGUGAUAUAUAUAUGACUUUCUCCUUUUUUUUUUUUUUUUUUUUUUUUUUUUUUUUUUUAAUGAUAUUUUUGUGUGUUUGUACUGUGCUAGAAUUCUAUUGGUUGGGACAGCAUACAUUUAGCCAUUUCUUACUCCAAGAUGUGCUUUUUUCACGUGGUUCGACUGGUGUUUAACCCAUGACAUGUUUCUUUUAUUAUCUUGCCACUAUGAAUGUAUAGUUUGCCUGUCGUUAUUUCUUUUCUUUUUUUUUAUAUAUAUAACUAAAAGAUUUUUCUGUCUCCUCAAUAUGAGAAAAUAGGCAGGUCUGAUAGCAGAUAAUGACCCUCCUUCCCCUCCUUUAAAAGUAAAUAUAAAAAUACAAAAACAAAAUGCCGACCCCCCUUCCCUCUCCCUUCAUCGUCAUCAUCAUCAUCUGUUUUACAUCUCUGUUUCCUCGCUUGCAUGGGUUGGAUGACAAGUUCUUGUUGGCCGAGUGAACUUUAUCCAUGGUUUUCUGUUCUUCAAUAAUUGAGAAUCCACUUCUGCAGUUCUUGGAUUGGAGAGUGUAACUUCGUAUUUUCUGAUACUCUCCUACUCUUAUUUGACCCUCCCUCCUUCAAAUGAAAAGUAAUGAUUAUUUAGAAAAUAUAGCAUGUAUACAACAUUUACUACAAGAUAAAAAGUUGUAUAUUCCCACAAAAAAAAAACAAAAAACAACAAAAAAAAAAUAUGCAGACCUCACAGUAACUAUUGCCUAGGAUUUCUUCACUGAACUGGUUCCCCUUCUCUCCGAGGGCUUUGGGGCACUCCCUUUUCAAAAAGUCGCCACUAGCUUGCUUGAGGUCAUGUGCUUGUUCACCUGCCUUGGCGGCAUCUUGAAAUUGGUUGAUUGGUUUCGAUGAUCGACAAUUGUCAUUUAUUUAUCAUUAUUAUUGUUGUGUAUUAAUCAUCACCAAUAUUAUUGAUUAUGGUUUAUAUUUUAACAAUUACCAAUGCUGUAAGUGUAUCUUUUUAUUAUAUAUUUUUGUAUUUUAUUCUACCAUUAUUUUGAGAUGAAAAUCCAUUGCCUCGUGGGACCAUUUACUAUCCUGUAGCAAAGAACUAGUGACAUCUGUUUUGUCCAUACUUGCACCCCCCCCCCCCAUCCCCUAUAUAACCCAAAAUCAAAUCUAUAUUAUUCAGUGGGGUCACUUUGAGCUGAAUUUGUAAAAGGUUUGUUAGAACAGAAGACAAAUUUAUUUUUCUUUUUUGCAAUACUGCAAAACAUUUUAAUUGUGUGGAUAUGAUGGUUCUUAAGGAUACCUCUUACCCUUGUCAUUCAUUCAAUGUUUUUUUUUUUUUUUUUUAUAAUUAUUUUUUAAUUCAAGAAGAGGUGGUUCUUCAUUACUGUGUUGUUGUUAGUGUUGUUAUUAUUAUUAUGAAUUAACCAUCGUUCUUUGAUUUAUGGUAAUCUUUUAUUUAACUAUUUAUUUUCCAAUGCCAUAAUCAUCAUCAUCAGUACUGUUGAUAUUGUAGACAUCAGCUAAUGGUCAUUUACGAUGCUUCUCAGUACUCGGUACAUUUCUUGAAGUGCAUUUGAGGUGGUGAUGACUAGUGGUUUAAGACUUUUUUUUUCCAUUUUUAAAUGGACUUCACAGAAAAUGUACUAAAAGAAUACACCUCUAUGUUCAGAUCUAAAAAAAAAAAGUCUCCUUAAGAAAAUCUUGCUGUAUUGUUUUGAUUUUUCAGGAGAUAUAAUUAUAAAACAAGGAAACCACAAAAAAAAAUAAUAAUAAUGUAGAGUUUGUGUACAUGACUUGCCUGUAAGAACCAUAGACACCAUUUUCAACACCUGUGAACCUUUGUAAUGUCUAAGACAAUAUUUGUCCCUCUUUUUUUCUCUGUUAUUUGUAACCAUAACAAAGAAAAUGUAAAAAAAAAAAAAAAAAAAAAAAAAAAAAUCAGGCAUUGUUUUUUUUCUCAAUGUAAUUGUAACUGAUAUAGAAAUAUUUGAAUACAUUUAAGAAGGUGACGUGUCAGAAUUAUUUUGUAAGUGUUGGCAGUUGAAAAUUUGGAUCACUUUUAGGAACAAAUUGAGUAGGUGUGAAUGAAAGGAUGAUCGUAAUAUUGUGAAGGAUUUUCAUUUAUUAUUAUUGUCAAAGAGUUUAAGUCGAGAUUUAAUCUUUCAUGUAAGUGUUUGUGUGUGCAUGUUUGUUUAUGCCAAACAGAAUUAUACAUACAUACAUACAUACAUAUAUACAUGCAUACAUGCAUAUAUGCAUAUAUGCAUACGUACAUACAUACAUGCUGUAAGUUGUGUAUGAUUUAAAAAGAUUAAAGUACACACUUACAUAUGCACACAUACAUGCACACACAAAUGCGUACUCUGUCAUAAACGUAAAUAAAUACAUACACAGAUUUAUAUAGAAAUUUAUACUUGCAUAUAUUCAUAUACAUCACGCUUAUAUCCAGAGCGUAGACACAGACAUAAAGAUAGAGUAUAAGAGAGGUGUAGGAGGAAAGAGUUUGUUUGUGUGUGUAAUUGUUUGUUUGUGAUGCAUACCAUUCAAAAUCAUUUUAAGGUCAAAUGAGUUGGCAAAGAUUUUUUAAAGAUUUGCCUGCACAAGUGAUAAGAAAGUAUCUGGUUUCUUCAAAGCUCCGAGUGUUGCCAGAUGCUUCCCCUGCCACAGAGAAAUACUAUGGGGUGACCCAAAGUAAUUACCCCCCCUCUCCCCCCUCUUUUUUUUCUUUUAUUCACUAAAAUCAUUACUCAUUCUUUUUUCAGUCACGUGAAGCUGUAGAGCAUUGCAUAGAAGUGUAGUCUAAUAAAAACUGAAAAUUAU